AUGGUUUAAGAUCAUUAGAAACUAGGAUAGAAAAACUAAUACCAAGCAUCUGGCUUUAUUUAGAAUGAAAAUCUCAACAAGAGUGUCGAUUCUGAUGAUAAAGACAACAGCAGCUUCUAAAUAGGCUAAAAUGGUAUUGGUUAAGGAGACGAAUCCUAAUUUAUUGGAGCAGGAGCGAAUAACCCUAGUCAGAUUGAAAAUUUACUCCAAAAGCAUUAAGAUGCCACACUUAAUAGAAAUCACUGGGUAAUCCUAAUAGUUUAAUGUAAUGACUUUGCAGGUACCAGAUUAAAAAGCUAGGCAAUAAAACAUCACUGCAGAAUAUGCGGAAAUGUAUUUUGCCAUAAUUGUACCACAGUCAAGGCUAUAAUCAGUAAUGGUAUGUAUAAUCAUCAAUGCUUAUUAUAAAUAGGGAUUGAGCAGAAAAAUGUUAGAAUGUGUAGUGAGUGUGAAAAAAUGAUAGAAGACUAUAACAAAAAACUUAAAUAGAAAAAUAAUCUUAUCUUUGCUGAACAGAGAAACUCAAAUUACCUCUCUUAAGAUUACUAAUCAUAGUCUAGGUACUCGUUCUUUAACAACCAGGAAUCAAACAAGGUAUAUUAUCAUACAAUCUAAUUGCAUAAACAGAUAUUUAAUGCUGAUGAGCCAAUAGUAGCUACAAUAUAGGACCAAAAAGAUUUGGAUAGACUCAGAAUGAUUUAAAAUGAAAUGGAUAAUAUGGAGUAUGACAAUAAAAAGGAUGGGCUUAAUAAGCUCUUGAGUGCUUUAGAAGAGGAAAAAUAUGAUUACAACAGCUCUAUACAGUUCUAAAAUUAGGACACAUCUAAUAUCGACAAGAUAAAUUAUACUAGGCUUAGAGAUUUUUCAAACUCUCAUAUCAGGAAUAUUGUUACAGAUUGCAUGAAAAAUAACAACAUCGAUAAUGAAAAAUGGGGCUAAAAGUUGUUAGAAUUCGUCAGUAAGGCUGUUGACAAUGUGAAACCUUCUUCUCGAUUGCUUGGAGAUUCAAUGGACUUUAACUACUUCAUCAAGAUAAAGAUAGUUAAUUUCGCAGAUAACUCUAAAUCAUCUUACAUCAAUGGAAUAGUGAUGAGUAAAAACUUGGCUGACAAAAGAAUGUUCAAGAAUAUUAAUAAUCCUUAAAUACUUUUGUUAAAGGACAGUCUUGGUUAAAUAAAAAAUGAUGCCUCUCAUUUAAUGGCAGAUAUAUCAACAGUUAUUGAUUAAGAAGAGUAUCAAGUCAAUAUUGUUAAGUAGAAGCUUACUUAAGUUCAGCCUAAUAUAAUCAUUGUUGAGAAAGACGUUUCAUAUAAGGUAUUAGAUGCUUUAAGAGAUGCUAAAAUUACUGUAAUAACCAACCUAAAUGCUAGAAAAAUGAGAAGAGUAGCAAGACUUACAUAAACUAUCAUAUCGCCAUCUUAUAAUGUAGUAGAUAAAUCCUUCGUAUUGGGAAAGUGUAAAUGCUUUAGAGUUGAUGAACCCUACACAGCUAAUCUAAUGAAAAAUUACAAGUAUAUGAAUAUUGAUAAGGACUAGCCGAAAGAAUAGAAUUCUGUUUCAAAUGAUAGAAGUCUUAUCUAUUUUGAGGGCUGCAAUCCUGCCUUGGGUUGCACUAUACUAUUAAGCGGAAACACUUAAACUGAAAUCUAGGAAUUAAGAAGAGUAAAAGCAGCGUUAUAGGAAAUGCUGAAGCUGGCUAGAAAUGUUGUUCUUGAAAGGGCUUUUCUGAUGCAAAUAAACUGCUAAAUCCCAAGAUCAUUUGUUGAAGAUGGAUCAGGAAUUAACACUUUGGAAACUCCAUUCUUGAUAACUAGAAAUAUUUUAAAUAGGCAAACCUUAGUCUUAAGCAAAGUAGUGAUGAAGAAGGGUAUCAGCACUGACAAGCUACUAUUGAUUAAUCCCUCCCUUCAAAUGAAUCUGGUGAAUUAAAGUCAUUAGUUUACUCAAUAAUAAAUCUAGAAUAUGUUAGCUACUGGAAGUAUGAACUGCGAAGAUAUUCCGACCAAUUAAAAUCAAUUAGAUGACAAAAUGAACUAACUUAUGAGUCCUUAGGGUUAGGUAUUCCAAGUUUAGGGUUUAAAUCCUGGAUUCCAGUAACUUAAUCAAAAAGUAAAUGAAAACUUUGUUAAGAAUAACAUUGAUCAAAUGUGCGGUUGUCCUAAGAAAGAGAAGAUGACAUUCUAUUUGAAAGGUCAGGAUGAAUCUUCCAGCGAUGAGACUCUAGGCUACUUCUUAAGAAAGCUUAUCAAAAAUUCUUCCAAAGCAUGUGAAUACUGCAAAGAGCCUAUGCUUAAGCAUUUCAUUUAAUAUUACCAUAGAGAUGGAUGCAUUGAAAUCUAGUUGAUGCUUGAGAAACAGGAUAAUAAAAAAUAAACUUAAACUAUCAAGCCCAAAGAACCUCCUUCUUAAAAGAAAAAGGAGAUCACAAUGAGCGGAUUCUGUACAAUAUGCAACAAGCAGGUAACUCCAGACAUUCCAAUGUCAAGUUAAUUCUACGAAUACUCAACUGCUAGAUUCCUGGAGCAGUUUUUCUAUAAUGGCGAUAAACUUUACAAUCACGGAAAAGAUGGAGUCAGUUGUAGUCACAGAUCACUGAGAGAUAUUCAAAGAGUAUUCUAAAAUCCAGGAGGAUUUUAAAUUACUUUCAAAUUUAUUCCUUUAGAUGUCUAUACAAUUGAGAUGAUCCAACCAAAGACUUAGGACACAACUGAAACUUUCAAACAAGAAAUUGAUAGAAGAAGAUAAUCUAUCGAUGCUGGACUUUACUGUGCAUAUGAGGAUCUAAAUAGCAGAAUUUAUUCAAUAAUUGAUUACAUAAAAGAACAAAAGCAGUAGAUCCUUAAGAAAGAGCAAAAGAAAUACUUCAAUCAAAUCAAUACUAAUAUUCCUAUCUUUACUCAGCCUCUUAAGUAUAUAAGAUUAAGACUUAAGGAAUUAGAUUAAGAGAUAUCCAAGACAGUUUAAUAGUUCAAUAUUCCUUUAAGAGAGGUUGAUACAUUUUUUGGAAUCCUUUUCAUUGAGAGAAAGGUCUUAGUCAAUUUCCUAACAUACUCAAGGCUAAUCGAUGAAAUUUCUAAGGUUGCAUGCUUGCUUCUUGUAAUGCUCUAAUUAAGAGUCAACAUUCUGAGCAAGCAAUCAUAGCUGCCGUCCACAGUAGAAAAUCAAUUUGAGAAUUCAGCUUUCCUUGCAGCUAAUCUCGAACAAAUUGAACAAAAUUAGAGUAAGGUAGGAUAGGAUCAUUAGACCACAGAUAGACAAACAUACACUCAAAUUUAAAGUUAAAAUGCAGAGAGAUAAACUUUUGCAACUUAGCAAAAGAAAUAAUUUGGAGGAACUCUUGUCCCAAAGUAGGUUGCUGACUACGAUUUGUUAAUUACCGAAUUAUUUCAAAACAAUGCUGAAUUGAACCAGACACUUCAAUAGAAUUAAACACAAAUAGGCUAAGGACAGUCGAAGUAAAUAGCAGGGACUCAAAAUUUCUAAUAGUCUACAAACAUAGAGGCAAUUAAGAGAUUAUUGAUGGAUAAAGUUCAUACUAAAUUUGAGGAUCUAUUUGAAAAAUGUUCAACUGAAAGAAGACUAGCCAAAGCUAAAGAAAACAACAAAGGCAGGGAGGGUUCUAUGCAUUAGAAUGUUAAAAAUAGCAACAUGAAUUUACUUUAGCAAAAUAUUGAUUCUGGCAAUUGGAUUGAAAUACUAAAGAAUGGUUAUACUUCAAUGCCAUUAGGCACUGAUAAUUUGUAUGUUCCCCUAAAAGAAAACGAUAUUGGAUCACUGAUUUCUUUCGUCCUUGCUUCAAACAUCUAUAAAGAGGCUAUGAUAAAGCAAAAUUAUAUGGACAUUAGUUAAAAGAUCAAAGUACUCGGAAAACAUCCAAGAUAGCCAAGCUAAUAUCCUACGAUGGGAGGCAACACAGAUGUAAAUCCAACCCCAGCAGGAAUCAGAGAAUCUACCAUCAAUAUGCAAGGAUUUGCUCAGCAAGCCUAAUACUAAACUUAAAACACUUAUAUGGCUGUUUAGCACGAUGAGACCAUUAAGCUACUAGGAAAGAAUGACGUCUUUAACGCAGAACUUAGCGCUCACUAGAUUGAGACUGAGCUUCUCUGUGGGGAAAGGCUUUACUUUUUAGUUAAAUUUUCGACAGAGCGAGAUGAUCUAUCAAUAAGGAUGGUCAAGAAUAGCAAUGUUGCCAAACUUAAGCAUACAUCAUUGACAUUCACUACUGGACAUCAAAUAUCGAGCAAGAGAAAAAAUAAAAAGGUUUAGUAUAAUGACUUCUAAGAAAACAUUUGUCCCCAAGUAUCUUAAGACUACCUAGAUAACAAUUUUUACAGAGAUUCAGUAGUAGAACUUGAUAAAGUAAUUGGUCUUCUUAACGCUUAUUACUUCUAGCAAGGAUCUCAAUUUUCUUAACUUCAGCAAAAUCAUAAUAUGGCUGCUCUGAAUAUCAUAUCUCCACCGAGGCCGAUAGUUCAGUAGAUCCCAUCAUAAAUUAGCAAUGAAGAUAGCUCUAAUUUCGAUCAUCUGGAAUAGUAGAAUUUGGAAAAUCACCCUAAUAUUAAUCCAAUAAUGAGGGAAAGUAUCAGUGCUAAUUUUCUUAACAGCAUAAAGUCUCCUCCCAUUGGUGUUGUUGGAGGUAACGCUUGCAAUAUAACUUUAAACUAAACCACGCCUUAAAUGAUGAGCUCACUAAAUUUACCCAUUCCACUUAGCUCUAAUGAAGUUCAAGACUUUUGUGGUAUUAAAUCGCCUCUCCAUACUCUAAACUAAAAAUCAAACGAAUUACUUAGACAAGAAAUUUCAGCACCAAAAGUAGACUUUGAGUUAAAAAUCUAUUUCCCUAAAAAAUUUGAAGCACUUAGAAGAUUUUACUGUGGAAGUUCCUACGAUUUCAUUCAAUCAUUGAUAAAAACGAAGGAAUGGACUUCAGUUUCUGGAGGAAAGACCAAAUCCAAAUUCUAUAGAUCAUAUGACGAUAAAUACGUCUAUAAGGAAAUCAAAAAGAGUGAAUUCAAAAUGUUCCUAGAAUUCGCUCCUUAAUAUUUCGAUUAUCUAUGUAAGUCCUUCUUCCAUAACUAUCCUUGCGCUCUCUGUAAAAUCCUUGGAGCCUAUAAGAUCAAGAUUAUUGUUUAUAAAAAUGGAUAGCCUAAGAUCACCAAGAAAUAUCUGUACAUCACUGAAAAUUUGAACUACGGCAUUAAGCCAGAGGAUGAAAGCCACAUAAUAAGAUAUGACUUAAAAGGCUCUAAAAAUAAUAGGUUUGUCAAAAAUAAGGAAGGUAAAGAUACUAAGGCUGUGCUUCAUGAUAACAAUUUUCUCUAUGAGUUUAACGGCAGGCCUCUGCCAAUCAGAUAUACAAUUAACAGGAUUCUACAUAUUUGCAUCAACAAUGAUACUCUUUGCCUUUCCAAGUCAAACAUAGUCGAUUAUUCAUUGCUUACUAUCAUAGAUAUGAAGAGAAAGAAGGUGAGAUUUGGUAUUAUUGAUUUUGUGUAAUAAUACACCCUUGAUAAGAUCUUUGAAAGCAAAUUCAAGAACAUUAUCAAUGGUGGAGAAUCCCCUACUAUUGUUGAUCCAGAAAAGUAUAAGCAGAGAUUCAAGAAAGCUAUGAAGAGUUAUUUUGUUGGUAUGUGCAUUCAAGAAGAGAAGCUGAGUUCGCCUCAAAUCAAAACUGAAUUGCACGAAGCUGAAGAAGAUUAUAGUGAUGAUGACGAUGAGAUAAAUGAGACAACUAAUAAGAAUGAAAUUUAGAAAGAUGACAUGGGUUUAUAACAGAUUAGCAUGUCAGUCCCAAGCAGAGUUGAGCACGACGAUGAUUAAAAUUAGUGA